CGGUCAGGCUCGAGACCUUGGGAAGAAGGGGCUAUAGGACCCCAGUGAGAAUCUUCUUUCUCUUUCUGCCUUGCCUCACUCGCAUCUAUACUAGCCCUCCUGCCCAGCCUUUGCCCCCCGCCCCCGCUACCCCUUUCACGCAGCACCCCAGCUGCGGGACCACGAUCAUGACCGAAAUGAGCGAGAAGGAGAACGAACCCGAGAACGCUGCAGCUCACCCCUCUUCUGGGACUGUUUCCACCCUCCAGGAAACCAAGCUUCAGCGUUUCAAGCGCUCCUUGUCCCUCAAGACCAUCCUUCGAAGCAAGAGCGUGGAGAAUUUCUUCCUUCGCUCAAGCACUGAGCUCAAGUGCCCAACGGAGGUGCUGCUGACCCCCCCCACCCCCAUGCCACCCCCCUCACCUCCAGCCGUGUCCACUGAUCCAGGCCUGCCCACCUCUGCCCGAUCCCCUUGUCCAGUCCAACGUCCCUUGGCACCUCUCAAGCCCCUGAGGACCCACAGCUUCCAAGAGCAUGUCUUCAAACGUGCCGGCCCCUGUGAACUCUGCCACCAGGUUAUCGUGGGCAACUCCAAGCAGGGCUUACGAUGUAAGACAUGCAAGGCCAGCGUCCACCUCUGGUGCUCUGAGGAAAUAUCCCACCAGCAGUGCCCAGGCAAAAUGUCCACCUCUUUCCGACGCAACUUCAGCUCCCCUCUCCUGGUGCAUGAGCCACCCCCAGCCUGUGCCCAGGAGCCUCCACCAGCUGGUGCCAGUGGGAAAGUGGAUCCCGUUUAUGAGACCCUCCGCUAUGGUACCUCCUUGGCAUUAAUGAACCGUUCAAGCUUCAGCAGCACUUCGGAGUCCCCCACCCGAAGCCUGAGUGAGCGAGAUGAAUUGGCAGAGGAUGGGGAAGGUAGCAUUCGUAGCUCAGAGGAGGGUGCCAGUGACAGUGUCUUUACAUCACCAAUUGAGAGUGAGGUGACAGGCCCUGAGGAGAAAAGCCCUGGACAGCAGCAGGCUUCCAAGGGCACCAUUCGGAAGGACAUAGGCCCCAUGUAUUCCUACGUUGCUCUCUACAAGUUUUUGCCCCAAGAGCAUAACGACCUGGCACUACAGCCAGGAGACCGGAUCAUGCUUGUGGACGAUUCCAACGAGGACUGGUGGAAGGGCAAGAUCGGAGAUCGCGUUGGCUUCUUCCCUGCCAAUUUUGUGCAGCGGGUGAGACCAGGAGAAAAUGUGUGGCGGUGCUGCCAGCCGUUCUCUGGGAAUAAGGAACAGGGCUACAUGAGCCUCAAGGAGAGCCAGAUCUGCGUAGGUGUGGGCAGAAGCAAGGAUGCUGAUGGCUUCAUCCGAGUUAGCAGUGGCAAGAAGAGAGGUCUGGUACCUGCUGAUGCUCUGACUGAGAUCUGAAAUCAGCACGGCAGGCACAGAAGAAGAUAGUGCCCCACCCCUAGGAGAUGACCCAGACAUCAACUCUGCCCCCUUGUUCCCGGCUUCUGGUUCCAGGGAAUGCAGCAGGGUCUCCUUACACGUCUCCCUGCUCACUUGCUGCCAUGCUGCUGGGCACCACUCAAAAUAGACACAGAUGCUCUACAAUCACGAAAGUUUUGUGUCUCCUCUGGAGGGCAGGUUGGAGAGCAAGUUAAGGGCAGGGAUCAGCUACCACAGGCAGGUCAGCCCCCAUGCCAAGGUGCCAAUUCUUGCACCCACCAAUGCCCUGCUGCCACAACGAGUCAAGCCCUGGGCAGAUCUGUCCUCCAGGGAUUGCUGUGACUUCUCCCCAGAAUCCUCCCCUUUCAGUUGCAUGCCUUGUGCCACCUUCCCCCUUAGCCCAGCCUGUGUGUGUGUGUGUCUGUGUGUGUCUCUCUGUCUCUGUCCAUUUGGGCAUGGGGGAGGUGUUGGGGGAGGGAAAAAUGUCCCCUUCUCCUGGGCCCCUCUCAACGCCCACUCCCCCCCUCAGGGUUUGAAGGGGGUGGGAGAUAUGGGAGGGCCUUCUCUGCUUCUGUGGUCCUGACUGCUGCCUCCCCAAUAUCACCGUCUCUCACUCACUCAAUUCUCAGGAAAGUUUCACUGGUCUCUCCCAUAACUUGAAACCUGGGCUGGCAGAGGAGGGGAGGGAUCAAGGAGAAAGAACCAAGAUUGUUCUCUUGUUUUGGGGGAAGAGAAAAUCAUAGCUGGAACAACCAAGAUGGGGCCUUUCUUCAUUCCACCUCUAGGGACUCACCCUCACAACUGGGGAAAGAAUAGCCCAGCUAUGUUCUGAACUCUAUCCAAGGCCAGAAGAUCCAAAAACUGGCCCACCCUAUAGACACAGCUGCUCCAAUGAAAAGCAAUCCAGAUGUAACAAGAGUAAACCAUAACAUGCUUUUUGUUAUUGGGAAUAGCUCUGGUGGCUACAAAAUACUUAUAAAUCUACCUGUUGUCUGGGGCCUGACAAGCCCAUUUCAGGUAAUGGGAGACAAACCCAUUGCCCAGAUCAGAAAACUGAUGACAGUUUUAUUUUCCUGAUCCACUUUUCUCUCUGGUCUCCCCUCUCUUCUAUUAUCUGGACAACCCUGUAAGAGCUGGAAUGGGACAGUUGGAAAAAUCUUCUCAAUAGGGUGAGCCCAAGUCAAAGCUGGGGUGGGCACAGGGAAUAAGAAGGCACUUUAAAAAGAGUCCUGUCCAAGGGCUGAAUGUUUCAGGUGUUCCACCCCCUACUCGAGAUAAGGAGCUGUAUUCCUGAUUGUUCCCCCUGCACUCUUGGCAGACCCCUGGGGUAGGAAUGGAGAAUUGGGAGACAGAUGUUGGGAGGAAAUUGAGACUCCCAAGGAAGGGAAGAAGUGUAAGCACCCCAGACUGAAGGAGAUGCACUGUGGGGCCUCACCUGUGAAGACUGCUCCUCUUUGGCCCCAACUCCCCAGCCCCAAACUCAGAACCUCGUUCACCAUGCCAGCCAAUGCCUCCCCCACUCUGGGCACAGAUCCUUACCCUAAGACCCUUGCCUCCCCUCCUUUCUGCUGUUCACAGAUUUGGGGUGGGGAGAGGCUGAAGCCACACUGCCCUGUUUGCUGCCACGAGGCUGCCCCAGCACUACCCCUCUGGGGCAGGCACGAUGCCCACUGUACAUACAGGCUGCAUGACAGGUCUGACUUGGGCGCUGCUGGGCCCCCAGACCCACUGAUUAAAUGU